UUUCCUGGAGUUUAUGGAGCUCCACCAGUUCAAGGUAAUGCACUGCAUGGUGUAACUUGGAUGCCGGCACCCCUUCCACCUCCCAACUGUCCUCCUGGAUUAGAAUAUUUAAGCCAGAUUGAUCAGAUAAUAAUUCAGCAACAGAUUGAGCUUCUAGAAAUAAUAAUUGGCUUUGAAACUAACAACAACUAUGAAAUAAAAAAUGGCUGGGGGCAAAGGAUUUACUUUGCAGCUGAGGAAACCGACUGCUGUACCCGAAACUGCUGUGGGACAUCCCGGCCGUUUGCAAUGAAAAUCAUGGACAAUGUGGGCCAGGAAGUGAUAGAGCUCAGGCGACCUCUCAGAUGCUCCAGUUGCUGGUGUCCGUGCUGCUUGCAAGAGCUUGAAGUCCAGGCCCCUCCAGGCACCCCGGUUGGGUAUAUUAAACAAAUAUGGGAUCCCUUUCUGCCAAAAUUCAUUAUCCAAAAUGAAGCCCAGCAGGAUGUUCUUAAAAUCGUUGGGCCCUGUGUAGUGUGCAGCUUUUGUGAAGAUAUUAAUUUUGAGGUGAUGUCACUAGAUGAGUGGAACAGAGUUGGAAGAAUUUCUAAGCGCUGGACUGGCUUUCUGAAAGAGAUCUUCACUGAUACCGACAACUUUGGAAUCCAGUUCCCAUUGGACCUCGAUGUCAAAAUGAAAGCUGUCAUGAUUGGGGCUUGCUUCCUCAUGGAUUUCAUGUUCUUUGAAUCUGCAGGAGCUGAGGAACAGCGAGUUGGGGUCUGGCAAUAG